AUGGCAGAUCCAAAUGCAGAAGAUGAUCUCGAGCGGCUCAAGUCCGCCCUGUGGUACGCCGUCGGCCAGAUUGUAGAUGAGGAGUCCAUCCGUCGCAACCGCAAUGCGACGCCGCAGUACAUCGGUGCCCUCACAGAACUCGUCUGGACUCAGAUUGAGAACGUCGCAGGCGACUUGGAGAGCUUCUGCAACCACGCAGGGAGGUCAACGGUGACUACCGACGACGUGAUGCUUUUGGCCAGGAAGAACCCGGACCUGCAUCAGAUUAUCCAGGAGUUUGUGGACGAAAGAAAGGCCAAGGCCGCGGCAGGCGGAAACAAAGGCACCAAAGGACGAGGGAAAGGGAAAUGA